CAUCUACGUCUGGCAAUACGAGCUGUCUUUCAGCUGGACGAAAAAUACAAAUUACUCUAAAAUCUGUGAAAAUUCGAGUUUUGCUUGUUUAAAAUGCAAAUUGCUAGUUAAUAAUAUAACUGCGUGACGGUUUUCUUUUGAGAGGUUCCAGAAACUGGAUAAUAUAAUUAUUUGGAUUUGAUUAAUGUCUUGAUAAAGAAAUUAGUCUUUGUUUAUAGUGUAGUAGUAGUUAAAAGUGUCGUGCUAGAUAAAUCAUUACCCCCGCCCUGAUCUUGUCUACAGAACAAAGUUCAAUUAAAUACUUUAGUAAAUCAAUAGAACUUCACGUCGAGGGUUGACAUGUCUGAAAGCGCAGCAAUGGCAACUAAUUUUCGCAGUCCGUCCAUGACGGAACCUAAUUUAAUGCCACCAGCAACAAUAGGUGGUUUUGGUGGAAACAGCAUGUCCACAGGGCCGAUUUUAAGAACACCAGCAGGAAAUGUGCAGUCAUUGGCUGCACCCCCUCCAUUACCAGUGAUACCAAGUGCAUAUGGAGGCGGAAAUUUCAGCAGUAACUAUGGAGGAUAUGGUGGCGGGUAUGGCUCGGCAGGGUAUGGUGGUUUCGGAAGCUAUGGCGGCGGCUUUGGAGGCUACGGAGGUUUUGGUAGCAGCUAUGGCGGUUACGGAGGAUAUGGGGGUGGCUAUGGCGGAGGUUAUGGCCGUUAUGGAGGUGGCAUGAACCCUAUGGACCCAGAAAGCCGUUUCAUACAAAUGGCUGAAGCAAGUUCUAGGCCUGCUUUCCAAAGCAUUGAAUCGCUGGUAAUGGCUAUUGGAAACAUUGCUUCUAUGUUGGAUUCCACAUUUUUUGCACUGACAAGUUCGUUUAGGGCAAUUUUGGGAGUGGCUGCGAAUUUUGGACGUCUACGUGGUGUGUUUUCUCAAUUUUGGCAUACAUUCGCCUUGUUCCGGGGCAUAACGUGGCUAUACAGAAAGCUACUCUAUUGGUUGAAAGUAUCUGACAUGGAUCCCUCAUCGGAAACAUUUAAAAAAGCUUUUGCCGAAGCCAUGAAUGAAACAUCAGCACAGCAAGGAGCACCCAAAUUGCCACGUAAAGGACAAUCACCAUGGCCAGUACUCGCUUUUCUCAGUUUUAUAUUCACUGCUCCCUAUUUGAUAAUGAAAUUACUGGGAACGGUAUCGAACACAGCCCAGGAAGAAGCUCGCAAUCCCAGCAGAUGGGUGCAUCCAAUCCAGUCCGUAGCUCUAUAUGAUUUCCAAGCUAGAAAUCCCUCCGAGCUUACCAUAUCUGCCGGCCAACGUAUUAUUAUAGCACCCAAAGAAAUUCAAAAUACAUUAGCAUUGCUUAACACCGGUUGGGCUAUGGCUUCUACAGAUGGUCAAAAUGCUGGUAUUAUACCAAUUAAUUAUGUAAAAUCACCUCAACAAAUGCGUCAGGAUCAGAUGUCGAAACCAAAUAUUGAUACAGCGCCAGCGCCAGCACCAGUGCAACAUCUGCCGGAUGUGGCUUCUGUUAAUGCAUCCGAUACCUAUGCGGCACCACAACCUGAACUGAUGAACCUCUCGGCAAAUGCUUUUCCCUCACCUCCAGCAAUGGCUAAUGCCACACUUGGAGCGGAUUUUGAAAUAGCUCCUCAGCCAAUUGGACCUCCACAAACUUUAGAUGUAGCAGCUGCCUUACAAAAUGGGAUCUAAAACGCAAAACGAUUACCAGUCAUAGCUAUUUAAAUAUUAUAUGCAAACAAAAUUAAAAAAUUAUAAACCCAAGUACAUUCUAUUGUUCGGAAUUAAGGUAGUUCGUAGUAUAUUUUAAGCUUAUAAUUGCUGUGUUUUAUGUUAGUACUAUAUAGUGCAAAUCACGAUUAAUCGGUUUCUAUUAUGUUAUCGGAUGAUAUCCAUAUUUCACGCGUACAACUUUGAAUUGAUAUUCCAUUCAGAACAUCUGACUUGCACUGGAUAGAACUAAAAUACAAAACAACCAAUUUGUGCAAACUCUGUCUUAUUUUCCUUACCUCUUUGAUAUCGGACCUGUAAGACUAAGGUGGCAGCCUUUGUCGAUGAAGGAAUCCAUCGGGUCAAUCCGGUACGUACAACCGGCUGCCAUAGGAUCGGUUGUUGUACCUUGAAUUGUGUCUUGCUUAAGUCGACUACUGUGGAUAUUUUCCUCGUUUGGUAUAAGAUUGUUUUUUUUUAUAUGUAAAGUAUAUGUGUAAUGUUGUAGGUAUAAUUAUGUGAGUUAUAGGGUCGCGCAUAGCUAACGAUAUAAGUGAUGGAUUUUGUAACUAUAAUCGUCCUAUUUAAUUUUCUAUAAUAUUAAAUUAAUUUUAAUAUAAUUCAAUGAAAUGCGAUAAAUAUAUAACUCAGUCUUGAAUGAA